AUGAUUCCCUUUCCUUCUUGCCUGCUACGCUCAAGUUACUCUCUCCCCACGUUUCCCCACUUCCCUCUCGAAAACAAAGGCUCUUUCACCCUCGAGAAGGUCCCUUUGUUUCUCUUUAGAGUCAAAUCUGCUGCUGCUGCUGCUGAGUAUUUCUUAGGAAGGAUAAGCCGAGAUGAGUCAAAAGAUCAUAUGAAGCUUCCAUCUCCCCUUCAGUGUUCAGUGAAACUGAAUAUCCAUGGAGUUGAUCAAGCCAUGUUGAACGUGGUUGACUGUCAGGUCUUCCCUUUGGGUCAUCAGUGCAGAAUGUUUAGUUGGGACGUUGAAGAAUGGAGAACGAGAAACUACAGAGGUGUGGCUUUUAAGGAAGGAGCUGGAGAGUCCAUUGUGCUUCUCAACUUCACUAAUUCAUUGUUUAUGUUAAGAAGUUGUGAAAUGAGUUGGGUACAGCUUAAGAAAUUAUCAGAUACUUCAUGCGAGGAUAUAGUUCCUUUUAGAGGUAAGUUUUAUGCAAACCUUUUUAAUAGGGAUCUUUUCGUUAUCGAUCCUUAUUCGCUGGACGAGAUUCCCUUGAUGCCCUUGCAGCCUCUGCGCUCGGUAAAGUAUUUGGUUCCCACUGGAAAUGAUGAUGAACUUUUCCUGGUUGAGAAAAUCCUCCCUCCUACUGGUGUGUUGGAUUUGAGUCGGUUGGCAUGUAGAGUGAGUAAGCUAGAUGAUGAGGCUGGUACGUGGGUUGAGGUCAGCGAUGUUGGAGGUCGUGUGUUGUUUAUUGGAUAUCUUGGAAACGUCUCAUGCUGUGCUAAGGAGCUCCCUGAUGGUUGUGGUCUGAGUGGGGACUCAGUGUUGUUCAUUGGGGGGCCAGGAAAUGUAACUCACUCUUAUAAAUAUGGAGUAAACACAGGACGUGAGGAAGAUGACUUCAACUUUUGGAGAUUCUCAGGAGAGAACCGUUUGACGACUAUCAACACAUCUCAUGUGGUGGCUUUCCAGGUUGAGCUGUAA